AUGGACGUAGAAAGGAUUUCAAGAUCAAUACCUAAACAAGUUAUGUUGCCGCGAUACUUUAUGUGUUGCGAGUAUGGCGAUGAGGCAGUAGGAUGCUCGUUCAACUGUUGUCCUGAUCCAAAACUUUACGACAACAACAACCCAAGCGACAACAACACCCCAGACGCCCACAACAACCCAGACCCCUGCAACAACCCAUUCGUCCGCAAAACCCCUGGUAUCCACAACAACCCAGGCGCCCACAACAACCAAGGUACCCACAAUAACACAGGCGCCCUCAACAACCCCGGCACCCACCAAAACCCAGACACCAACAACAACCCAGGCACAUACAGCAACCCAAGCCCCCACUACAACCCAGGCGCCCAAAACAACCCAGGCACCAACAACAACCCAGGCACAAACAACAACCCAGGCAUCUACCACAACCCAUGCAACCACAACAACCCAGGCACCCACAACAACACAGGCGCCCACAACAACCCAAGCACCCGCAACAACUCAGGCGCCCACAACAACCAAGACGACAACAACAACCCAGACAUCCACAACAACCCAGGCACCCACAACAACCCAGGCACCCAAAACAACCCAGGCACCAACAACAACCCAAGCAACCACAACAACCCAGGCACCCACAACAACCCAGGCACCAACAACAACCCAGGCACCCACAACAACCCAGGCACCCACAACAAUCCAUGCACCCACAACAACCUAGGCACCCACAACAACCCAGGCACCCACCACAACCCAGGCGAGGCAAGGCAGUCGCCUAUCAAAUGA